AUGGCGAGGUUGGAACAGAACAACCAGAAGGGGAGAGGACAGAUGCCACCCGUUUCCAAAAUGCUAAUAAUUCAUGCUCAGGUAACACAGGAGGUUUCUGACCACUACAACAUCAUCAAGCGGCUGGGUCAGGGGACCUUUGGGAAGGUUCUGCUUGCGCAAGACAAGAAAACAGGAGAACCUGUGGCCAUCAAGCUGGUGAGGAAAGACAGAAUCGCGCUGAAAGAUUUUGUCAAAGAGCUUUCCAUAUCAAUUUCUCUCUCCGGCUACCAUGGGAUCAUAGCCACCUACCCGAUGUUCUAUAACACUAUGGACUACUACAUCAUGACCCAGGAGCUGGCGACUGCAGGGACCCUCCAUCACCUUAUCAAAGCCAAGGUCGGCAUUCCCGAGGACGCAGUAAAGCGCUGCGCGGCACAGCUCUCCACAGCUCUGGAUUACGUGCAUGGUAGAGGAUUGGUGCACAUGGACCUGAAGCCUGACAACGUGUUUCUUAUGGACAGAGACUGCUAUAACAUCAAACUGGGCGACUUUGGCUUAACUAGGAAAGCGGGCAGUUUUGUAUCAUCGAAGUCGAACAUUAUCCCCUAUAUGUCCCCAGAGAUGUGCGACGUGAAGCAGAACGAGUUCCUAAUACUUUCUCCCAGUGUAGAUACCUGGGCCCUUGGCGUUCUCCUGUACAUUGCAUUAACAGGAUACAUGCCCUGGAAGAAAGCUGUAGAGAUGGACACGAGGUACCAGGUCUAUAUGCACUGGCAGAAGCAUGUAGGCCUCAUUCCUCCACCAGUGUUCUGGCAGAAGUUUACAAGAGAAGCCUUAGACAUGUUUAAUAAUCUCCUUUCACGGAAUUGUUCUGCCCGGCCAUCCGUUCUUUGUGUGCUGAACUAUCUUCAUUAUCCUUGGAAGAUUCAACACCAUUACUGAGAUGAGGCUGAGGCUGUAGGAGAGGAGGUGAAUGGAAGGACUACUAGCACUAGGAGUUUGUAAUCAUAUGGGACCUGGAGACCAAUACAGCAAAUCAUGGAAUGGAACCCUUCUGUCCUGGUGGACCUGGAAGAAAGUUGUACACAGACUCUG